AAAAAAAAGUGCGUGACCAGAAAACAUGAGGAACGAGGCAUAAGAAGAAACGACGAACACACACAGGGGAAGGAAACAAACGAAGAGAGACGGAAAAGAAAGGCACGUACAAUACAUCGGCGGUGCUGCCUUUCUUUUGAUCUCAAUAAUAAUAAUCGGCAUCAACUCCGGCGGCACGAAGAAAUGAUAAAUUGGGGGAUAUAAGAUUCGAUUGAAUACACUCACGAUCUAUACCACGCAAGAGGGGGCGUGAUGAUAACGCGUUCAAAUCUAGCGGAACAGCUCCGAGAGUAUCAGCUUCGAUCCAAACAUGAUUGGGCUUCCGUUUCUUUCUUCUCCUCUACCUCCAAUCUUUCUUCUUCCAGGGUUGAUGUUGUGGUCUUUGUAUUAUGGGAAUUAGUCAUUCUAGCCUUCUUGGUGUUUUCUGCAGUCUCCUUAUAUUUCAGGCAUUUAAGACUUGCCUUUAUUUUGGUAUGCAUAACAUUCUUACUACUUCUAUGCAUGAAAGUUACAAAGCAAUUACGGCUUUCCAGGAAAAAGAAACGGAGGAUGCUUCUCCCAUUGUCCAUAUGAAACUUUAUUAAGUUUCCAAUUUUCUAGGGUAACUCAACCUGGUCAAAGAAGACACCGAGAGUGUCGUGAUCAUCUCACUUUGGUCAUUUGUAUUUUUGGUUUUUGUUGUAUUUAAUUGUUCCUGAGAAGCUGAUUAUAGAAUGUAUGUGAUGUGAUUAAUUUUUGUGUUGA